CCCGGACUUUGAGGAGCCGAUCGACUCGUCGCUGACAGUGGCCCCCACCUGCCUCCUAUAUAUAGGACCUCUGAGCGCCGGCCAUGGCCUACUUAAGCCCGUACGGCCGGCAAAGCAAGCUCGAAUUAAGCUGGUAAGCAAUGGCGCACAGAGUGAUGGAGCUGACCCUGGUGUCAGCCAGCGACCUGAGGCAGGUGAACACGUUCUCGGACAUGGAGGUGUACGCCGUGGCCACCGUCUCCAGCGACCCGCUGGCGCGGCAGCGGACCUGCACCGACCGCUGCGGCGGCACCGACCCGUCGUGGGACCACACGCACCGCUUCAUGGUCCCGCCCACGGCCGCGGAUGCCGCCGCGUCCGCCGCCACCCUCCGUGUGCUCCUCCGCACCGAGCGCUUCUUCGGCGACGACCGCGACGUCGGCGAGGUCGUCGUCCCGCUCGCCGACAUCCUUGCCGGCGCCUGCGGAUCCGGCGCCGCCACGCCGCCGCAGUGCGCGUCGUUCAGGGUGCGCAAGGUGCACGGCAGCGGCUCCGAGCACCGCGGCAAGCUCCGCGUGUCCUACCGCCUCGGCCCCGUCGUGGCGCCGCUGCCGAUGCCGAUUCCGCCGUCGGGGCACCGCUAUGGCUAUGGCUACGGUGACGUUCCGUACUACCACCGUACGGCGCCGUACUACUGGCAGAACUACGGCUACCCUCCUCCGCCGUACUACGGCGGCUACCCGCCGGCGCCGUACCAAGGGGUGCCGCCACGCUAUCCUCCACCGUACCAGGGGGCUCCGCCACCGUAUGCUCGCACGCCGGCGUCGAGGAGGAAGGAUAGCGGUGGUGAUUACUUCGGGCUGCUGGAGGGGCUCCGGGGAGGCAUCGGAGGGAUGUUGUUCGGCGGCGACAUGCGCAUGUUGUUGCCGUCGUCAGACGCGAAAUCGUCCCCGGCGGCGGCUUCUGAUGCCGGGCACGAUGGCACCGGAAGGGCCGUCGUGCAAAAGAUUUGACAUGCAUACCUAAGCACGACGCAGACUUUGUCAGGAUUCUUGGAUCGUGAAGCCUGAAAUAAAACCAUGGGAUCGAUUAUCGAUCGGAUGUAUGUCCAGAAGGAAACAUAAAACCAUGAGAUUUAUAAUGCAAAUAAAUCAUCAUUAGGGUACCUUCCAACCCAAUUUAGUUCGAAUAAAUGAAAUAAUUUUUCAAAAAUGGUGUGAUUGGAAAUGUUAGUUUAUUUGUUUGAACUAAAGAGGAUCGAUGGUAUCAUGACGGUGACUGCAUCUCUAAUGGAGAUAAAAUAAUUUAGAUGAGAAUUUGAGUUUA